AUGCAGUUUGACGAUAAUCUUUACCACCAUGUCAAAAUUUUCGUCAACCAGCUACAGCAGCAUGUCAGCGAUGACUGGUUUGAUAUAUUCGUUCCUGUCCAUCUGCGCACUUUAGACAUGAUUUGCGAUAACAUGCUUGGAGCUCGGUUAUGCAAUCAAGAAAAUCGUUCAACCUUGAUGUGUAAUUCUGUAACAGAAUGGGCGGAGAUGACUUUUGAAAGAACAUUUUCUUUCUGGCCUGAUUUUUACUACACGUUGUCAGGACAGGGAAACGCAAGAAACAAAUUAAUUAAUAUAAAUCAGAACCUAAUUUACGAGAUGAUAGAGCAGCGAAUAAGGAAACGGAAAGCACUCCUUAAAGGGAGUCAGCAUUCCGAAAAUUCACGAAUAUACAUUGACUGUUUGUUGGAUAAUUUGGAUGCAGGUGUAUUGACGAAAGAUCAAAUUGUUUCAGAGAUAUUCGAGAUUUUCGUUGCAGGCUCUAUCACAACAGCAAUUACAAAUGCGUGGGUUUUUAAACUUCUGGCCCUGUUUCCUGAUAUCCAGGAGCGAGCUUAUCAAGAAAUCAAGGAAAAUUGUGUGGAUGGAGAAGUGAGGCUGAAUGAGCUCUCCAAACUUAUAUACACAGAGAUGAUAAUCAAAGAGGCUCUUAGACACGUUGGAAUCCCUGUUACAGGCCGAUAUAUCACGGAGGAUGUUCAAGUUGACGAUAAGAUGACUAUACCAGCAGGAAUGAACCUUUUUAUUGACCUCCACGAGCUUCACCACGAUUCAAAGUACUGGCAGAGACCCGGGAAGUUUUAUCCGGAGCACUUUUCACCCGAAAAUGAAAAAUCCAGACCUAAAGGCGCAUUCAUCCCAUUCCUAAUUGGACCCAGAGUCUGUCCAGGAAACAAGUACGCAAUGAGAUCAAUGAAGUUCUUGGUCGCCAGCACAUUGUUGAGGUAUAAAUUCUCAACUGAUGAAAAACCCACGGAUGAUCUUAGAGAUAUGGACCAUCGUGUAGUACUCAUGCUUUUCCCUGCUUCUGGAUUUAAUGUAAAAAUACAACACAGGUGAUAAAAAUUAAAUUUAUUCCUUAUACAAUCAAUGCUGAGAUUAGAAUAGCUCCAUAGAACCUUAGAUUAUGUGGACGUGUUUUUGCUGAAUUGAACCAGAGACAGGUGGAAAAGAAGGGGUCUACUUGUUAGUGGGGGGGCAGUAAAAAUGAAUGGGAACUAUACAGAUUACGUAGCAUGGUGUCAACGAUGGUGUCAACAAACAGUUUUUCUAAGUUUU